AUAAAGAUGAUAUCCGACUGUUGCCUUCAGCAUUGGGUGUGAAGAAGAGAAAGCGAGGACCCAAAAAGCAGAAGGAAAACAAGCCAGGAAAGCCCCGGAAACGCAAGAAGCUUGACAGUGAAGAGGAAUUUGGCUCAGAGCGAGAUGAGUACCGGGAGAAGUCAGAGAGUGGAGGCAGCGAGUAUGGAACUGGACCAGGUCGGAAGCGGAGAAGGAAGCACCGAGAAAAAAAAGAGAAAAAGACAAAGAGGAGGAAAAGGGGAGAAGGAGAUGGGGGGCAAAAGCAGGUGGAACAGAAGUCGUCAGCUGCCCUGCUUCUGACCUGGGGCUUGGAGGAUGUGGAACAUGUGUUCUCCGAGGAGGACUAUCACACACUUACCAACUAUAAAGCCUUCAGUCAGUUCAUGAGGCCCCUAAUUGCUAAGAAGAAUCCUAAGAUCCCGAUGUCAAAGAUGAUGACCAUCCUGGGGGCCAAGUGGA